AUUCCGGAAGCAGAAAUAUAACAGACUGGAUGAAGUGUAUAAUAUAGUAGAGGAAUCUAUAUGAUUUCAUUAAUUGUUUGAAGGUAAUUUUUAUGAUGAAGCAGAAUUAACAUACCCCAAAGCCUAUUGAAUGUUCACAACAAAAAAACUAUCAACAUUUUUAUUUAUCUCAUUUUUAAUUCAGCAUUUCAAGUGCUUUGAGUUGAAAAUAAAUACCAUUGCCGAGUCAUUGCCAUUCCUUCCAAUUCAGAUUCAAAGUUCAAAAAAAUCCAUGUCAUGUUGAAUGAUGUUGAGAUAUUGUUGCUUGAGAAGCAGCAGUUUUGUUAAAUUUACUCAUCAGCUUUGAACUUUUUAUAAAUUACAAGCUUUCACUUGAAACAUAAAUGUAUAACUUAGCAUUUCUAAUACUAACUUGGGCUCCUAACUUGAUUCCUUUUAAUUUAUAGGGGCCUAGGCCUAGGCCUAGGCUAAUUCAUUUUAAAUGGUGGACCUGGUGGUAAAAGUAAAUGCAGACAAUUGCGCCAUGGUGUUUCCCUCGGCUGCUUUCUUGGUUGCCAUGACCAAUGUAAGGUCAUGGGUCAUGCAUCUAAGAUGGCGGCCAUGUAAAAAAAACAACUCAUGUCUGCUAAAAUCUUUAACCCUAAACCUUACCCGAACCAUAAAAUUAUCCUUAAACCUAACCUAAACCCUAAAACUAUCCCUAAACUUAACCUGAACCCUAAGAUUAAACCUUAAAACUAACCCUUAUCCUCCUUAUCCUGAAGUAAAAAACAUGUGUGGCUACAGUUACACACUGUGGUAAGAAAACUAUGAAAUGAAGAAGAACAUACAAAACAAUUUUAAAAGGAUGAAAACCUGACCUACAAUUUUAUCGAAUACUCUUUUUCACACUUUAUUGCGGGUUCCACCAAAAAGAAAAUUCAAAAAGUUCUCAGAAAAUCAAUACAGUUCAAUACUAUUACCAUUUUCCAAAAUGCUGGAAAAUUUUAAUAAAUUAACUGAUUAGCUACCAGAUUGAAAAACUCGCUGUGGCUGAAUUAAAUCUAGGUCACAUUUACUACAAUACAAACAUUGGCGCUACCAGGGGCUCAUGGCAAUAACGAAAGAAAUGCCCUGUCGCUCCCACCUGCUCAUGGUAGUUAAUCAGAUAAUUACCCAAACAAUGAAAUUUUAAUUAAAAACAUUUCAUCAUAGUGAUAGUAUUAAAGAAAAGUCAACCCUAGUAACAACACAAGAUUUAAAAAAAGGACAAGAAUCCUACACAUACCUAUGUCAUGGUGCGGAUUGUCUAAAUUAGCCGGUCAGACUACAUACUUAAUAGGCACUUCGGUAUAGCCUGGGAAAUGCAGAAAACCAGGUAUCAUGAUUUCAUUAUCAAAAUGGCAACCUCCAUUUUUAAACUCACAGAGAGUCUAGUUCACAUUUUUUUUUUACAAUUACCCUAUAUACUCGCAUAUAAGCCUACAUCACAUAUAAGCCGACCCCCUAAAACUUCUUUAAAAUGGCCUGUUUUUGUAAAAAUCCGCAUAUAAGCCAUCCAUAAAAUUGUCUAAUUUUACUCCAUAUUUUUGUUUCAUAGAAAUUUGUUACUGUAAAGAUGUAAAAUGCUUACUUUUAUGUUACAUACCAGUUUGUUUACCUUUUGGAAUGACACAAAAACGUGUUCAGCUCUUUCAUACUCAAUAUAAUUAUCAGCUAUGCAUACAUUAAAUUCUUUGAAGUGACACCUCUGUAUAAAUAUAUUAGUACUCUGUACACACAACCAAAUAAAGAGUCAGAUAGCGAUGAAAAUGUGUGGCUGGAAAAUUGGCAUUAGUGUCUGUCCUUGUGUUCAUUUUGUUUUAUGCGCAUAUAAGCGGACCCCAUGAUUUUAGUAUUGUAUUUUAUAGUUCUAAAUUCGGCUUAUAUGCGAGUAUAUACGGUAUAUCCCACCAUGCACAUUCUUUUUCCACCCAUAUCUUAGACAUAUUAUUUUUCCAUUAGGCACUUUUGUUCUAAAAAGAAUUUGAGGUUUUCUCUUUGAAAAUUGAAGGUAACAUAAUGCUGCCUUUAAUUCAUAUUUUUUGUGGCAAACAUAUAUCGCUCAAAUGAAAGGUACUUAAGAGAUAAUGUCAUAAAUUACAACAUAUCCAAAAUUUAUUAGGUUAGGCCCAGCAGUAUGGUCAGAGAGAUAUCCUGACAUUUUAAUCAUGUGUCCCAAAAUGACCUAUUAUUGAUAAGAGUAAUUUUUGUAGCUAAUAACUUGAUUUCCACUGGAAAUUCAGCAUAUUACCCCAUAAUACCUCAUUUUAAAACAAAAUCUCAAAAGCACCGGUAAAUUUGUUUAAUAUGAUCCGAUUCUUUUGUUUUUAGUUAAGAUAUUGAUUAGGGGAGGAUUAAUAUUAAUUUAUUUAUAUAAGUAUAAAUAUAUUUAUAUAAAGGCCAGAAUAUUGUACUGUAGAGUAUUAGUAUAGGCCUGGCCCCGCCCCAACUUUGAUAUUGAAUUAGCCUUUAUUUAAUCUCAUAUCAUAACGACAAUAAUAUUCCACUAGAGAAUUAUUAUAUAAUCCUCAGUAUUCUCAAAUAAAAAAAAAAAACCUUUCUGUCACAAUAAUCCUAUAAUUACUUAAGGUGUUACUGAAGAGCAAUCAUAAAAACUUGUACUUACCGCAAGCAAAUGACUAGAACUUAUUUUAAUUUUUAUACAUGUUGAUUUGUGAAACAAGAUUACCGAUACUAACUUAAAAUUCUAACUUGUGGCUUACCCCCACAAGGAGGCAGUUUGUAGAUUAUAGGAGGAUAUAUAAUGUCUUGGGGACAGUGGCAUAGAAAAAGAAGUCCGCCUUGGGGAUCAUUUUUUCUCUGAAUGUAGGGGCGCCAUUUUUAGCUAAUUGGAGAGUUUUUAUGAAAGUGGGUGGCAAAGUUAUUGGGAUAUAGGAAAUGUAUUCUUUUCAUACAGGUAGGGGGUAUACUUUUGCAGCCGUGCACACAGGUCUAGGUCCAUGGUUUUGCUUUGUACCCCACCACAGUGUAUGCAGCCUCUUUAAAUUUAAAUGGCAGAUGUUGGAUAUUGUUGUUUUAAAUACAAGCUAAAAUUACAUUAUUUACUGCUGCUCACUGAUCAAUAAAAUGAAGGCCAGAGUGCAAAAUUAUAAACUUUAUUCUGUAUCCCUUAGACAUGUGUCAAGAUCCGUUGACAACUGGCAGUCACACCCUUUCCUUGUGCAGUUUUAGUUGCAGUUUUAAAAAAAACAAAAAAACAAUGUGGCACAAUUGUAGAUAUUUCAGUUUUGAAAAAAAAAAUUGAGUUGUUAUCUCAUGAUCGGGUUGUGUUGUAGUGAAAGAACAGAAACAGGCAGUGAGAAAUAUAUUGAGUAUGUGUAUUACAGUAUCUCAAUAGCAAACUGAGCAAUAAAAAAACACAAUUAUUUUUAGGGAUCAACUAGCCCCACUCUGUCACUUUGUAAUCAGAAAUAUUUUAAUUCCAAUUAAAGAUUGCUAUCUUUUUCUAUUGAAAACAUGAACAAAAAUUCUACCUAAAAUCAAACUUCAUGGUAAUUUUAUUUAACUAAUUUUUGUUAUUGUAACAAAAAUAACAAUGAUUAACUAAAAUUAAAAAUAGUCAAACAAAUGCUAAAUCUGAUUUUAAAAAAUUAUGUGGCCUCUCAAGUAUGUUAAUGAAGAAGUUUAUAAAUCUAAUUGCAUUAUGUUAGUUAACUCAUAAUCAUGAGUAUAUUUUUUUAUAAAGUGAACCCUUUUUUUAAAAAAACAUUUUAGGGGUAAUUCCCUGAAUUUCUGCGGUAUUUAAUAAAAAUAACCUGACAUUACAUUUAAAUCGAAAUGUCACUGAAAUCGGACUGUCAGUAUUAAUAAUUGUGUUUAAUUACAUUUCAUCAGAUCACUACACCAUGUCUCAAGCAGAUGGAUCAACCUGUAGCACACCACAAAGAAGUGGAUCUGGAGAAGACUCAGAUUCCGAUUGUGAAAAUGAAAAUAUUAGACCAAGAGGUUAAAUAUUAUUUAUCAUAUAAAAAUAAAUUAAAUAUCUUUGAUUGACAUAUUGGUCAAAAGAACCUGAAGUGUAGCCAUUUUCUAUUUAUAUAAGAAGUUUGAUCAAAUUUCUUAAAGUGUGAUAGUAUAAAAGGCUGUGCAAGAAGUAUUUCAAAUAUUGUUAAUCUAUAUUUUAUUUCAAUUACAGGAUUAACAGGUCUGCAGAACCUUGGCAAUACUUGCUAUCUGAACUCAGCACUACAAAGCCUAUCAAAUUGGUAUAAAAUUUAUUUUAAAAUAUUUUGUGUCUUUUGAUGUAGGAUUAAAAUUGAGUUAAACUUAAUUAGGCUUAGAUCAAUGCAGAAAAACUGCAGUAUGUGCCGCUGUAAUGACUUCUAAAUAAGCAGAAUAUAUGUUCCCAUGAAUUUUCUUUUGACCAUUUUUAAAAAAUUUAUCUUACAAGUCAUUUAAAUAUGAACUAUUCAACAUUUAAUUUAGUCACAUUUUUAUUGUUACCAUUGGAUAUGAAGUUUUGAAAAUAUUGUAUGUAACUGCUAACAAAUUAAAAUUUUAUUUUUAUUUUAAGCAUGACUUUAAUUAAGCUAAUUAGGAUAUUUAAUUUGAAAUUGUCUUUGUUACAGCCCACCCCUUACCAGAUAUUUUCUUGACUGCCCACAACUUAUUCGACCAGAAAAGCCACCUAUGCUGUCAAGAAGUUAUUUGAAAUUAAUGACAGAACUGUGGCACAAAAAAAGGUAAUUUGCUGAAUAUCUCUUCAGUUAUCUACAAACGUGGCAUGGCAAACUCAUCAUCAGUUUCUCUGCGAGAAUUAUAUUUAUUUAUUUUAUUUUCAUUCCAAGUACAUUGAAGACAAAAAUACUGUUUUCACUCUUCUGGGGAAUUUACAUGGAGUUGACUUUAAUUUUUGUUUGGGAUUACAAACAUCAUAUUGUUAUAUUCCAAGAGGUUAACAAUUUUUUACCAUGUUAUUAUAUACAUGGCUCCUUUUUGUAAACUAUAGUUUCAAUUACAGACCUAGCUACGUUGUUCCGAGUGGAGUUGUAACAGGAAUUAAAGCUGUCCAUCCAAUGUUCCGAGGCUACACACAGCAGGUAUGCAAUUUGUUUUCAUUAUAUGGUGUUAAUGUAAGCUUUGUCUUUUUGUAUAUGACAAUUUUAAAAAUGUUAAAAUAAAGCAAUUUUUCAAUUUCCUCUAAGAUUAUGUUGAAAAAAAAAAACAACCCAGAGUACCUUGCUGCUUAUCGCAGUUGCUAAAGUUGCAUACACUUAAAAAGCAUGUUGAUGAUAUACAUUAUUGAGAUCAUGCAAUUCAGAAUAAAUUUUAACUGCACAUCCCACAAUUGAGUUUUAAAUAAGUAAUCCAUCACAAAGCCCCUCUGGUUUUGUGUGCUGUAAUGCCUCCUAAAUUUUACUAUAAAUUUUCUUAAAAGCAUAUUAUCUCCAGAAGCUAAAUCAGCUCUUUGAUAAGCCCGUGCAAAGUCAAACUAAUGUAUCAAAAUCUUCUGCGAAUACUUACGUGGUCAAUCUCACACUCAGUUUAAUUUAUCAUAUUUUUUUUAUAUAUAUAUUUUCUUGUGUCAUUAUAUUUUUCCUUCUGUGACCUAAUGGUUGUUGGCUGUUUGCCAUUUUUGUUCAUAAUUUAAAAAUCUUCCACUUAGAAAUCACUGUAUUGUGUCUGAUAUCUUAGAAAAGAAACAUCAUUAACAAAUAGAUUAUUUAAAUAUGCAUUAUAAUUGUAUCUACUAAAUUCAAUCUCUAGGACUGAAAUAAGAAAAAUAGAAAAGAUAGUUUCACCAUGUCUUGCCUAAAGUUUUGUUAUUGAUUGACAGAGAUUUGACAGGGUUUUUUAAUCUUCUUUACCCCCCAUUAAGGAUGCCCAAGAGUUUCUUAGGUGUUUGAUGGAUCAGCUGCAUGAAGAGUUGAAAGUGCCCUUCUCUGAUGAAAGUGAAAGUGAAGAUGAGGAUGAUGGGGGUGGAGGAGAUGAUGAUGAUGGCUCUAAUAAUGCCAGCAGCAACACAAUAACAAAACACAAGGUGGUUAUCAUCAAUUUUGAAUUCUCUCUAAAAAAAAAAUGAGUUUUCUUUGACUCGUUUCUACUAUUGAAUUAGUGUAAAUUGUAUUAUUGAUUGUGAUUGGUAUUUCAUAGAAUUGGAAUGGUAGAAGCUGACUUAGUAAAAAGUAUUUAGGGUUAUGGAGUAACAAUAAAAUAAAGAUUUAUGUUAAUCAUUAUGAUUUUAAGUGUUACAUUCAAGUCAAACUUCUCAGUAUAAAUUAAAUUGACAUACUAGAGAGAUGCCAUGGUAAUAUAGUUCAGGAUUCUAUUGUGACACAUUAGUAACACACUGAUUGCUGGAUAUCUUGAUAAUAAAUAAUUUAAGAGCAGAUCUCUUAAGAAAAAUGAAAUAAAAAUGUCAGUAAAAAUGACUUGGGAAAAAGUGCUUAAGACUAUCCAGCCAACUAACACAAAAAUGUUAUUUUCAAUGAUUAAGAGAAUUGUUGGCAGUCCUUUUGUUUUAUGAUCUUUGUAUUUUCUAAUGAAACUGACACAAAAAGUACUUAAUAAUAAAGUUUUGAUUUAUUCCUAUGCCUACAUAUUGAGUUUUUAAAAAUUACUUCAUUAAAGGGGGACGUUUUUUUCCUGCAUUUUCUUCUUUCUAUAGCGGAGCGUAAAAGGUUUAGAUAUUUAGCUGUAAAAGCAAAUGGUAACGAUCUCCUUUCUCAGAAUGCAACAGCAGACAAUGUAAAUCGCAGGUCGUCCCGUGAUUCAAUGAGUAGCCAGUCAGAUUAUGAAACCUGUGACUCAGGGCUUAGCAGUGAAAGGAGUUCAAAUGGGGGACGAGACAAUGGGUCAAGUGAUGAGAAUAACAGUGACACAAAUGAAGCCUCAAAGUUGACAAAAACAGAGAGAAGUAGAAAGUCGAGUUUGCCUAGCCCAGUGCCCUCAGAAAACACAGAUUCUGUAAGAUUUAUCUUUAUUUUCACACAAAAAUUAAGAAUUCUUUUUAAAAAAAUAUUAAAGGAUUUUUAAAAAAAAUUAAUUUUAAGGACAUUUUUAUCAUAAAUACCGAAUUUUAAAAGAUAGUGCUCUUUAGUUUUUAAAAAAUUGAAUUAAUUUUAAUUACAUUUACAACAUUGAUGUCGUAACUAAAAAUUUAAUAUUAAUGGUACAGUUUAUCAAAAGAUUAAUAGACACCGAUUUGAUCUCGCAGCAAAUAUUCCAGUCCAUGUCAUUGUUUACAAAUUUUUAUAAGAUUUCCCUUAAUAUUAUCAAGAUGGUCCUUCAAAUAAUUUAUAUAUAUAUAUUACGAAAUGCUGUGUUGCCAGAGGUAACCCAUUUCUCUUUCUCCCAGAUGAGGAAUGUAUUUUUUCAUCACAUGCUGCUCAAUUUGCCUACCUCUCAUCUCCUUUCAUACUCAGCCCCCAUUUGAUAGUCCCAACAUGUUUUCUUGCUCCUCCUCCCCAUCCCAACCCCAUCCAAGUGCCAGAUCAUCCACAGCCAUUAUUUUUUUUGGUUUACUUAGUCCAUGUUCAUUGUUCUCCUCCAAACCUCCAUUGCCCUCCCCUGAUCCCCACACUUAAUUUGCACACUGUCUUAAUGCUGCUUCUUUAAUUAUGACUUUAAUAGGUGGCCAACACUAAAGAAAUGAAAGAGACUGCAAACCUUUUAGAGAAAAUUAGUGAAUCUGAUGGCCAAAAUCGACGGCAGCCUUCAAGGAUGAAGGCCGUAAUGGAGGGUGGUGAUUCAAGAGAGCAAGGAAGUUCCGCGUACAUCUCUAACCCGGUAAAAGAUGAUGGAGCAUCCCCGACCAGUACAACACCAACACUUGUGCAGCCUCAACAAACCCGUCCUAAAUCUCCCCUCGGACUAACUACAAAACCACGUAAGUAGAGUUGUUUGAGUAAUUAUUUUUACACUUUAAAGAGCCUGGCUAUAAAACAAUAUUGUCUUUUAUCUUAAUUAAGCAUUUUAUUUUUUAAAGUUUUUAAAUUAUGCAAUAUUUUUAUUUUAAUAUGCAUCAUCUGACUUUAAUGUUGCUUGUUUAUUUAUUGAUGUUCAUUAAAAGGCCACAUGAUAGUUUAAUGCCCUUUCCCUUAUUGAAAGAAAAAUUGAUGGUAUCUGCACCCAUGACUUUUAUUUUUCAUAUUCCCAAAUGGCUACCAGCGGAGUAAAAAGUAUACGUUUUUAAGUUUACAACAUUUAAAAUUUUUCUCUUAAAAUUUAAAUUGAUUUAGGGUUAAAUCUAAAAAAAUUUCAGGCAGAAAGAAGAAUACCCGAUUUGAGAGUAUUAUAUCACAGACAUUUGAUGGGAAGAUUCUGAGCUCUGUUCGGUGCCUUAACUGCAACACAGUAAGUUAAUCAAAGCAGCUAGAGUUGUACAAGAGAAGUGGUAUAAGAAUUAUUUCUCUUUUCAUUCUUCUACUUACAGACAAAAUUAUAUUUUAAACAAUAAUGUUUGUCCUCGAUAAAAUUGAAUUAUAAUGGUGGGAUCUAAAUUUUAAAAAAAAAAAAUAAUUCAAUAUGUGCAAUGUAAUUGUUAUCAAGUAAAUGUAUAUUGCCUGGCUGUUGUUCAGGUAUCAACUACUAAAGAGACAUUCCAAGAUCUAAGCCUACCUAUACCAAGCAAGGAUCACCUCCACAUGCUUCAUGCAGGCUACCUCCCGGCUGGUGGUGUGGUGCCCCCUAAAGGUGGAACCUGUGGAGAGGUGCACCAAGGCUGGCUGGCUUGGAUGUAUUCAUGGAUGAAAAGGUGACAGGUUACUCCUUAUAUCAAUUUGGCUGCUUACCUAUUUCUCGUGCCUCCACAAACAGUUAAAUUGGUUUGGACAGAUGUCUAUUAUAAUGGAUAUUAGGCAGAAGAGCACAUUUGAACUUUUUUAAAGGAAUAUAAUUUGGAAGUAGAGGGUUCCCCAAUAUCCUCCCAUGGUUUUCUAAAACUUUAGGUUUUAACAAUAAUCAUUGUAUUCACAAGCAGCUGGAGGAAUUUGUAAUCUGUUUUAUACAAGCCAUUGCAUCAAACAUAUAGCUCGACUUAUUUUAAUGAAAAAAAAAUUAUUUAAAUUUUUACAUCCUUGACAAAAUGUUAUCUUAAACAGGGGGAAAAGUUCAAAGAGAAACUGUUCAAGGUAUAAUAUUUUAAUAAAUCCAACAUUUUUAGCUCAAGUUUCAUUUCUACAUUAACCUAUUUCAAAAUCCAAUUGUUAACAAGUUGUUUCCGUUUAGUUGUACCGUUGGUUCUAAUUAUUUUUCUAACACUUAUUUAACUUUUUUUUUUUUUUUAACUGGAGAAAAUAAAACUAAUAAUGGAAAUGAAAUUCUUCUGCUACUCUAGUUGGUUUAUUGGACCAACCAUCACCCUGCAAGAUUGUUUGCUGGCCUUUUUCUCUGCUGAUGAAUUGAAAGGGGACAAUAUGUACAGUUGUGAAAAAUGUAAAAAGUAAGUUCACUGAGAAAUUAUUUCAUGUGACUAAUUUGCAUUUUAGGGAAGGUUGAUUUUUUUCUUCUAAUUUUGUGAGGACAACUUGAUAAUUGAUAUCUUUAGGGAUCCAGGGUCACAGGGACAAUAAGACUUUAAAAGUUUCCUAAGUGAAAAUUGUUUAUUUUAUAUAUAUAUAAACUUUUCUGUUUUAAAGCUUUAUAAAACUGUUUUAAGCUAAUAACUUUGAGAUUGUUUUAAAAGAAAUUUAAAAAAAAACAGCAUUUAUUUACAUUUUUUAAAUACGCUCUGCUUUUUAAAACAAAUAUGUUAAACUAAUUAAUUUGAGUUAUUUUAAUGAAAUAAAAAAAACAGCAAUUACUUAAAUUGGAAUGCAUAACCUGAAAUACUUUGUGCCUAGGGUCACUUAAGCUUAUGUUCUGUUUUCAGUGAAGACAUUUAUUGAAGCAUGGAAUUGACUUAAUUAUUGGCUAAUGUUAUAAUUUGAUGUUACACUACUGUGUUGAACUGGUUUUGGUCAAUUAGUAGUUACGAAGCUAAUUUUUUAAAUUAUCUUUUCAGACUACGCAAUGGCUUAAAAUAUUCAAAAGUGCUUAAGUUACCUGAGGUUGGUUUUAUUUUCAGAUUUUUUUUUUUCUAUUUUCUAAAACCAAAUAUCUGUCCCGUUUUUCUAUUUCCUCACAACCAAGUACUAAUUUUGUUAAAAUACUACACAGUAACAUAUUAAUCCACUUUUUAAUUUGCUCUUUUAUUAAUUUCGAUAUAUAUAUAUUAGUAUCUCUUUGAGUUGUGCAAAGCACGAAUCAAUAACAUAUAAAAAUAGAGGUGUUAAUAUUUGUUUUUCUUCAUUUAAAAUUGUUUAUUAAUAACAAUUUCCUAUUUUUAGAUUUUAUCUAUACAUCUGAAGAGGUUCAGACAUGAGUUUUAUUCCUCCAAAAUUGGGACCUACAUCUCAUUCCCACUAGAAGGCCUGGAUAUGGAGCCCUACCUGCACAGAGGUAAACAAUUUUGACUUCAACACUUGGUAUUUUAUUAUCUUGUCUUUUCUGCUGCCUGGCCUUUGUUCUCUGUCUCCCUUUGAAUAAUAUUCUUUAUUGGAAUAUUAUUGAUGGUUACCUUUUCUUCAUAAUUAAUGGUCAUGACAAAUGGGCUGUGUUAAAACCAAUGCUUGAUACUAAUCAAAACUACUCAAACCAUACAUGCAGCUUCUUUUAAAAAGACUUUGAAAGUUCAUUUUUUAAAUUUUUUUUUGUAAAGAUAUCAAAAAAUUGUUUUGGCAGGGUAACUAAUUUGUGAAGAAUUAGAUCUAAAAAUGGGCUACUGGAUAAAAUAACAAAAAGGUGUUUUAUCAAAUUGUUGAGUUUGUUUGUUCCUUUAUGUCAUUGUGCAAAGGAAAUAUGCAAUUUUUGAACUACGUAUGCCUCAGAUAAUUUAAAGAUCUGGCAAACUUGAAAUUUGUUAGGCUAAGCUGCCUACCUAAUUUCAACAAUGUAGGAUUAGUAGAGCCAAGAGAAGCUUUGUCUCAGAGAUGUCAAUCAAUCACUAUCCCAUGACAACAAUAAUUAUGAUCUCUGCUCAAGUCUAUUGUAAAUUUAAAACCUUUGAAGGAUGACGCCAAGUUUUCAUAUAUGAAAUAUUGAUUUUCUGUGGGUUCUUUGAUGGCAAGUAAAAGGUGUUGGUCAAAUUUAAUUAAGACUUGAAGUGCAUUUUUUCAUUCAUAAAGGGUUUUAAAGCACGAUCAUUGGUUGUGUGACUUUCAUAGUAUACAAAAAGUGCUUUUGUGAUGGCCCAUUUCAUUUUGUGUGCGUAUAAUCAUUUUCUUUAAUGAGGGAGCUUUUAAAAGAGGAGGAGCAUAAAUAUUUCACCAAAGAACUCCAGUUUAUCUUCACUAACCUCUUGCCUUAGAUAGGACUGUUUAAUUUUCAAAUAUAUCUGAUUUAUUUUUUACAAUAUAUAGUAUGUUCUACAUUUUCCUCUUAACCCCUUCAUUAAAACUGGAUUUUCAUCUUUGGUGAAUGCCCAUGGUUUGUGAAUGAGAUUGUUUAAAAGAAACGUUUGAGCUCUUCCGUGUGUCCAUUAUUGAGACAUGCUCUCUUAUAUUUUGCCUGUAAGCUAACCUGCUAUUAAUAUUGUCAGUUUUUUGUUUGUUUUUGUAAUUUUUUUUUUUUUCUUUUCUUUUUAAACCUUUUCUUUUGUAGGAAGCGUCAAUGACUCAAAGUUUCAUAAAGGUAGUUUUACUCAUUAUGUUGGUUUUAUAAUUGUUUCAUGUUUUAGCUGCUUCUUUUGAACUUAUUGUUUGUGCAAUAAUUUUGUCAUGGAUUGUUUAUCUUCUUGAUUUUUUGCAAGGUUUUUACCUCUACUUACUAACUUCAAUUAGCUUUAUUUGUGUUGGGUGGAAAAGUCAGAAUGUGAAGUUAAAAGAAAUCGUGGAGAGAAUAGUAUGUUUGCUUUUAGUUUUGAUUUCUCUAACAUUAAUUUUGACUUGCAUUAUCUUCAUUGCUGAUGUUUGGUCUCAUUAACUCUUUUGAAUUUGCUGCUAGGCUCAUGCCACUGAUUUCAAAUAUUUGUAUGCAAAUAAUUUGAUCCCUCUGUAAGAUUUUGUUGCUAAUCAUCCCUGCUCUUAGGAUAUGGCUUCUUUUCUUUCAUUUUUAGGUAGGAUACAUAUAAUUUAUAUUUAUACAUAUAUUGCAGACCUGUUUACCCUCAAACUCUUAAAAUUGUACAAUAGCAUCACAAAAUCGUUCAAUACAUUAUCUUAAUAGUAAAAAAAACAACAUACAGUAUAUAUAAUGUAUACACCUCAAAAAUCGUACAUUGUACGCCAAAAUCGUAAGAGUAAACAGGUCUAAUAUUGUGUAAAUUUAAUUUAUACUUGAAUGUUUUUUGUUUCACUAAUGAGGGCAUUUGCUAAAAUGUUUGCAUUUGUACUCUUAUUCUGUGUAACCAUAAUUAAAGCUUAACCUGUUUUGUUUUAUUUACAUAAAUUGUUUGUGUCGCAUUAUCUACUCUUUUUUUGUUUGGUUUUCCCUAUGAAUAAUGGACAUAACUUGUGAAUUUAAAUUUGACUUAAGCAACUGUCAAAGUUUUUUUUUUUUAUCAACAGCAUGCAAAGAUGAAGUAACAUUAUAUGAUCUUGUAGCCAUCAUCUGUCAUCAUGGAACAGCUGGGGGUUAGUUCUAUUUGUUUUUGCUUGUUCCUCAAACUGAGAGCUUCUUUGCACUUAAUAUCAUAAUGAAUUUAAGCAUUCUGACUUUUUUUUUGUAAAUGUUAUAAAAUAGCAGCUUUUUUAUAUAUCGAAAACAGACAAAAACAGGUUCAGUGUAAUAAAUUAAUAAGGAAAAUUUAAAAAGAAAAAAAAAACUGUUUUGUCUAUUUUCGAGAUUUAAAAUAAUUGCUCUUUUCAUAUGUUAUGAAAUAGCAACUUUUUUAUAUAUCGAAAAUAGAAAAAAAACAGGUUCCGUGUAAUAAAUUAAAGAAUUUCUUAUUUGAAUUUUUAAAUAUUGUAAUUUAUAUUUAUACAUUUUUUUCCAUUAUUGCCUCUUUUUUGUUUUGUUUUAUAAAAUGUAAAAGUUCAUUACUAUAAGUUAAUGAGUAGAUUUCCUCAGGUGGUCAUUACACUGCCUACUGUUUGAACCAUCUGAAUGACCAGUGGUAUGAGUUUGAUGACCAGUAUGUCACUGAAGUUGAUGUCAGCCAGGUCCAGAACUGUGAAGCUUAUGUGUUGUUCUACAGGUAUUGGUAAAGCACAAGAUAUUCAUUUCGAUGUCUUAAAUGAAAGUUUGUCACAUUAUUGACAAAAAAAUUAUUAUCCAUCAUUGUUAUAAAAUCGGAGAUGAGUUGAAAUUCUUUUAGCUAAUGAGAUACUGUCUUUUGUUGCAACUAAAAUAGAUAUAGUUUGUUAACUUCAGCAAUUGGGGACAUUUUACUAUAAAAUCAAGGUAUAGUCUAUAUUUUCGUAAAUGGCGCUCUCACUCCAUGAUUACUUAGAUCAGUGGUUCUCAACCUUACUGGUGCCACGACUCUUUACUACAGUUUCUCGUGUCGUGGCGACCCCCAGCGACACAAUUAUUUUCGUUGCAAAUUCAUAGCUGUAAGGAUAUGUGUUUUCAGAUGGUCUUAGGCGACCCCUGUAAAAGGGUCGUUGCGACCCCUUUGGGGGUCGCGACCCACAGGUUGAGAACCGCUUACUUAGAUGAACUUUUUAUAAAUUAUAGUAUUUAUGCUUAGUUAUUUACCCUUAAUACUUAAUUUUUGAAGAAUUUUUUUAAAAAUUCAAUCGCGUAUUUAGUUUCUUUCAUUUUCUGAAGUUAUUCUAUUUGAUCAAAUGUUAUAAUUUUGUGAUUCAACAGGAAAAGCAACAAGGCUAUAGAUAAUGUUCGUCAAAAAGUGAAGGAUUUGGAACUAUCGGAAGUAAGAAAUUCUUUCAAAAUAGUUAAUAAUUGCUGUACAAUAUUUGGUCAUAUUGUACAUUCAACUCAUACUGCUAAGGCUAAUAUUACUUGUCUUUAAACAAAUGCAAGAUUCAAAUCCGAAUACCAGACCUGUUUACACUUACGAUUUUGGCGUACAAUGUACGAUUUUAAGGUGUAUACAUUAUGUAUACUGUAUGUUUAUUUUUUACUAUAAAUUUAAGGUAUUGGACGAUUUUGUGAUGAUAUUGUAUGCUUUUAAGAGUUUGAGGGUAAACAGGUCUGGAAUUCUGGUGCUAUUACAUUCAAGUUAUUGUUUACAAAAUUAGAAAUAGAAUAUUUAUAAGGAAUUAAAAUUCACAUUUGUUUUAGUAAUUAUGUUUUUUGGCUGCGUGACUUUCUUACAGAUAAGCAUACUGAGAUUUUUUAUCAGCAAACAGUGGUUGAGUCGCUUUGACACAUUCGCUGAGCCUGGCCCCAUUACCAACAAGGAUUUCUUGUGCAAGCAUGGAGGUAAUGUCUUAUGCUUAGUGUUUCCAUCAUCAUCCCUUGUGCCCUCAGUGUGGCGUUCCGUCAAGAAUCCAUCUCCAUGUUGCUCCAUCCUCUAAAUGUCGAUCCCAUGGUAUUCCCAUCAUCUGUGGCUAUUGUUUGUUCUUGGCCCUCUUUGCGCCAUCUGUGGAUUCCACUUCAACCCCUGCCUAAUUUGGUGCUUGCUUAUUUUGUCAUGAGUGUGUGUGUCCAAUAUCUGCCUCCACAUCAUUUUUGUGAUGUCAUAUUAUAUUGAUAGAGUGUAUUACAUUUGAUGUAACAUGGCUGUUUUUUUAUUUUAUUUUUUUUGCAAUGAAUACUGUUUGUUCCAAUAGGAAAAAUGUGUGACAACCACAUUGUUAAUCAGAUCACAGAGUAGCUUCUCAUAAAAUGGUUCAUAAGCAAAACUGGAGAUUUUUAUAAAGAAGUAUAAAAAACGAAUUUUAUUUUACAAGAUUUAAUAGUCUUUGAUUUAUUUUACAAAUUGCACCUGGUCAUAGGUCCAGAGAUUCAAGUUUCAGUUACCACCAUCUACACACAUGUCUUAAUAUGAAAAUUUGGAAUUGUGCACUAAAAUGUGUAUCACAGGGGUUACCAAAGUAGUUUAUUAUUUUAAGUGCAGAUUUUGUUGACAUUCCAAAACUAUAUAACUUUGUGCACUAUGUACAUAAAAUAUCAAACAUUGGUUGGCAACUAAUGUAAAGUACAUUAUUUAAAUUCUGAAGGAGAAAAAAAGUCCAAAUGAGGCUAAGAGCAUUUUUCGGUUAAAUUCUCUUUAUUUUUUUUGUUUGGCAUUAAAAUAAUUUUGCAUCUUGCUCUUACUAUUUGAAGACGUGACAAAAGAGGUUAAUAACUAUACUUUUUAACUAGAUCAAGUGGUUAAUAGCUAUACUUUUUAACUAGAUCACGCUCAAAUAAUUCUUUAAAUCUUAAAGCUCAUUAUUAUCUCACCCAAAAUCUUAAGCCCAAAAUAGGCAAUGACGUAAUCUUGUAACGUGAUGCCUGAACUUCAUUUAAAUAUUACAUGGAUACCUAAUGCACUUCAUUUGGUUUAAUUUGGCUAUUCCAUCUCUAAAGUAUCCUAAUUAAAUUUUUAACCUUCACAGUAACAAUUGUUUCUUUCCUGCAGGUGUCCCUCCUGGCAAAGUCAAUCUGAUUCAUGACCUCUAUGUAGAAAUCUCACAGUCGACCUGGGAACUGCUCUAUAGCAGGUUAACAUUCUAUUCACUGAAAAUUGAUACACAGAUAAGGGUUUAAAUUGCAGCAAAAUUGAUAUACAGAUAAGGGUUUAAAUUGCAGCCAUUUAAGCUUUUCAAUGUUGGGCUUAUGAAAGCAGUCAUUUAUUAGGGGAAAAAAAGUUGCCCAAAAUAAAAUUUCAUGGCAUAAAAUUAUUAAGUCACAUAUUUUUUUCUGAAUAAUGAAUUGAAAGAAUAUUUUUACAAUGUCUGCCCAUGUUUUUUUUUUCAUUUUAUGUUUUGUUUUUUUGUUUAAAGAGAUAUGCAGAGCCCUUCUGUUAAUCUCUAGAAGUCAAUCUUUGUUAAGCAGUGUCAUUCACCCAUAUUCAGUCUUUUGAGCCCUUUUAAGCUUACCAUAUGCAUUUAAUAAUUUCUGAUUCUUUCUCUGGUGACAUUCUGCUUUUUUUUUUAUAAUGCCUGCUACACGCUGACGCCUAUUGUCUCUAUCUCCUGUUUAGAUUUGGCGGUGGCCCUGUCUGUAACCAUCUGUACACAUGUAAGACAUGUCAGAGUGAGCUCGAGAAGCUGAGACAGAGGCAGAGAACGGAGAAGGACAUGUUUAUUCAGGUCAGAGGCUUUAAAUUUUUUAUUUUAGUUAGAUAUUGCAAACACCUCACCUGGUUAAAUUGCCACCCUGCCUUUGGUAAUGUUGGACACCCUCGUGCAUUAUAUGGGUUGAUAACAAUGUCAGAAUGACUUUGAUUUCAGUUUGUUUUUACAGUGUGCCUCUUGUAAUUGUUUGCUUAUUAGAUCCCAUUUUUAAAAAAAAAUAAGGGUUGACUUUUAAUGACUCAGUUUCCCAUGGUUUGAAGGUUGACUUUUAAUGACUCAGUUUGCCAUGGUUUGAAGGUUGACUUUUAAUGACUCAGUUUGCCAUGGUUUGAAGGUUGACUUUUAAUGACUCAGUUUGCCAUGGUUUGAACAUUUUGAGACAAUUUAUAAUUAAUUUAAAUAAGAAAUAUUUUACAAUGAAUUUAAAAUUAUCAUUUAUAUUUAUUAAAUUGAGCAUCAUAAGCUAUAAAUGUUAGUGUUCAUUCUAAUAACAUUGUUUAUAUAAAUUAAUUAUGAGAUAUAUUUUAAUGAAUUGUAGAGGUAAGACUUAAACAGUAAGGCUGUGUGAAAUAUCACUUUGUCAAUUGCUUAUGGUUAUGCUGAAAAUAAAAAAACAUUUUUUUUUAUAAUCCAUGACUAUUUGAUUUCUUCCAGUUGAAUGAUGAGUUCCGAGAAGAAGAGCAUUCAGCCACUGUGUAUGCCAUAAGCAUGGCUUGGUUCAAAGAAUGGGAAGCAUUUGUUAAGGAAAAAACAGACAGUAAGUGAAAUGUUUUAUAACAUUUUUUCUUAUUGUAUGGUGUCAUGUGCUGUUAUUGGCCACGCUAGACUUAGGUUGAGGUAAAAUGACAGUGAAACAUCUUGAAGAGAAUGGAUAAUCAAGAGCAAAGGGGGUUCAUUCUUAAAGUUGGUUUUAAACUCAAUUGAAGUACAUUUUAUUUAGGCACCAAUUUAUGUAAGUGGACAAAAUACUUUGAAGAUUCUGCUACUGAUGCAACAGAAUUAGUAGUGGAUAAUUUUUGAAAAAUACUUUUUUUUGUUUUUAAUGGAAACUGAUGAUGUUACAAAUUUGCAUGCGUUUGCCAGAUUAUAGCAAAUUUUUUAAAUUAAAUUUCAGUACCACCGGGUCCUAUUGAAAAUAGCCGCAUCAUCAUGCCCAAGAACCCUCAACCCACACUGCGGCUAACUUCAGAUUAUGGACAACUAUCUAAAGAAAUGUGGCAGUUUCUCCAUCAGAUUUAUGGUGGUGGCCCAGAGGUGAUCAUCCGUCAAUCUACUGGUACCUCGGUUAAACCCACAUCGUCGUCACCAACAUUACCCCAGAUUCAGCAGGGCCACGGAGGAGCACUUCAGCCAGCUGUGUCAUCAUCGUCCCUAUCCUCUUCACCUUCUGCUGCAGCAUUAUCUCCAAACUCUUCAAACACAUCAGCCAUUGGUCAGUCCAGCUCUUCGGUGGUGACCUCAUUUGAGACGACAGCAUCCCAGACUACUUCUUACUCUUCUGUCUCCACAUCGACCUCGACACAUCCACCAUCUUCGUGCACAUCCAUGUCUUGUACUCCAUCUACUAGUGUAUCUCGAAAUGAUGACCUGAAAGAAAUGGCAGAUAACUCCUCUUUAUCCUCCACUGAUGUUGCCAAAGUUGAAAGCUCAGCAGAAGUUCCAAGAGCACAAUCCUCACUUAACAUCUGUAAUAAGGAAAAUACACAGCCUGCCGAGCUCGUACCGUCAACAUUGGACAGUUCUUCAGAAACGGCAGCUGCCGGGGUGAAGCUUGUUGGGAGUAUACCUGAAUAUGAUCAGACAUCAUCCCCUCAAAAAUCGGUAAAGCCAGCAGAAUCCAGAUCUGCCCCAAACAUUCUGUUAAAUGGCACCCUUGAUGCACCCAAUAGGGCCAAGCUAAUGAACUCAUCUGCUCCAUCCGCCUUGUUGGUCGCACUAAACGAAACUAAAGACAAAAACACUGACAGAAAAUCACCAGCAGGUUUUCUUCCGAAUCAGCCGCUGUCUAGUCCUGAAAAUAUUUCCGUUUCAUCAGUAGCUAAGUCUGAAAUAAAUAAAAAAUUCAAUUCCCCUGCUUCCAUGAGAAAGUCCACGGCGACGUCUAAUGAUAGUCUGCCAGACAGCGGGUUCAGUACCGACCACAGCUGCAAUGACCUCCAUUCAAUACUUACUGACUCCACCAGAUCCUUAACCGCUGCUGAGCUGGGUAAGCCUGAGACGAACACUAGCUUUAAUUCUAUAGAAUCAGACAAACAGGUCACUUCACUUAAAGCGUCCUCACCCUCUACCGAUCUCUCUGAGCCAUUCAUUGCUGCGGCC